ACUACUGCUUUUUUUUUUUUUUUUUAUGUAAUCAUCAUUGUGAAUCUGAGCUCUCUCAAUCAAUCUGAUCCAUCUUUUCUACUUCCUUCAAAUCUAGGGUUACCAUUAACAAGAAGAAGAAGAGGAAGAAGCUUUUACCUGAAAACCACCCCAAUUGAUUCUCCGAUUCCUUCUUUUUUUUUUUUUUUUGGGGGCCCAAAGAACUCCUCUUUCUCCUGGAAAAGAAGAGGAAACCUUUUUGAGGGACAAUGAAGCGGGCAAAGCUUGAAACUUUGACGUCGCCGACUCGGCUCAGAUUGCUUGAAGUUUUUAUUGGCGUUCUGUUUCUUUACUUGCUCUUCGUCAGCUUCGAAAUCCCCCUGGUAUUCCGGACCGGGGACCCGUCGGUUUCGGACGAAGAGGAAUUCGGGCUUCUCGGCGACGCCUUGCCCGGGCAAGUGCCACUUGAGAGUGGAGAAGAAUUUUCCGAAGAUGACGCCCUGCGGAACCGGACACCGAAACGGCGUAUUCGCGUGUUCGGUAAAGUCUCUGGCUUGGUUUUGAACAAAAAUCGUUUCGAUGGUAAUGCCGGUAAGGACGAGAUCUCGGAGCUUCACAAGGCGGCAAAGCGCGCCUGGGUAGUUGGAAAGAAGCUCUGGGACGAUCUAGAGUCCGGGAAGAUCGAGCUUAAUGCGAAAACCCAGCUCGAGAACCGGUCCGAGUCGUGCCCGCAUUCCAUUUCGUUAUCCGGGAUCGAAUUUCGACACCGGAACCGGGUCCUGGUUCUCCCGUGCGGGCUUACGCUGUGGUCCCACAUUACCGUGGUGGGGACGCCGCGAUGGGCUCACCCGGAGUACGAUCCGAAGAUAGCGUUACUGAAGGAAGGGGACGACUCGGUGAUGGUGUCGCAGUUUAUGAUGGAGUUGCAGGGGCUAAAGACAGUGGACGGGGAGGACCCACCUAGAAUUCUGCAUUUCAACCCUAGGUUGAAGGGGGACUGGAGUGGGAAGCCGGUGAUCGAGCAGAACACCUGUUACAGGAUGCAGUGGGCCUCGCCGCUGAGGUGCGAGGGGUGGAAGUCUAGGGCGGAUGAAGAAACCGUUGAUGAGCAAGUGAAAUGUGAAAAGUGGAUUCGCGAUGAUAACAAUCACUCAGAAGAGUCGAAGGUGACGUGGUGGUUGAAAAGGCUGAUAGGGCGGACGAAGAAGGUGUCUUUAGACUGGCCAUACCCUUUUGCAGAGGGCAAGUUGUUCGUUUUAACCCUCAGUGCUGGCUUGGAAGGUUACCAUAUCAAUGUAGAUGGGAGGCAUGUCACUUCUUUCCCUUAUCGCAUUGGAUUUGUGCUUGAAGAUGCCACUGGACUUUUUCUCAAUGGGGAUGUCGACGUGCAUUCUGUGUUUGCAGCUUCCUUACCCACAUCACACCCCAGUCUCCAACCACAAAUGCAUCUUGAGAUGUUUACUGAAUGGAAAGCCCCACCUCUUCCCAAUGGGCAUGUGGAGCUUUUCAUUGGCAUCCUUUCUGCUGGAAACCAUUUUGCUGAGCGAAUGGCUGUGAGAAAGUCAUGGAUGCAGAAUAAAUUAAUUAAAUCUUCACAUGUUGUGGCUCGUUUUUUUGUUGCAAUGCAUGGGAGAAUGGAAGUAAAUCUGGAGCUAAGGAAAGAAGCAGAGUAUUUUGGGGAUAUAGUGAUGGUUCCUUAUAUGGAUAACUAUGAUCUUGUAGUGUUGAAGACCAUAGCGACCUGCGAAUAUGGGGUUCGCACAGUGGGUGCCAAGUAUAUUAUGAAGUGUGAUGAUGACACAUUUGUUAGGGUGGGUGCCAUGAUCAAGGAAGCGAGGAAAGUUGGUGAAGAUACAAGCCUUUAUAUUGGAAAUAUGAACUACCACCACAAGCCCCUUCGUCAUGGUAAAUGGGCUGUGACCUAUGAGGAAUGGCCAGAGGAGGAUUAUCCUCCAUAUGCAAAUGGUCCGGGUUACAUUUUAUCAUCCGACAUUUCACAGUUCAUUAUAUCAGAGUUUGAAAAGCAAAAAUUAAGAUUGUUCAAGAUGGAAGAUGUGAGCGUGGGAAUGUGGGUGGAGCAGUUCAACAAUUCAAGACCAGUGCAGUAUGUGCACAGCUUGAAGUUCUGCCAGUUUGGGUGCAUUGAAGAUUAUUACACAGCACAUUACCAAUCUCCAAGACAAAUGACAUGCUUGUGGGACAAAUUGCAAUCUCAACGAAAACCCAAGUGCUGCAAUAUGAGAUAGCAAUGACGGAUAGCCAUACAAAUUUUGCAGCCAUAGUAUAGUAUAUACCUCUGUAAAUACGCAAGCCCGGGUUAUAUAUUAAGGGGAAAUUCAAUCUCCUUCCAAAUUCAUUCAUUAUUUCACCUUUUCACCAUCUUUUUCUUCUCCCAUUUUCAUUUUUCUUAAAGGCUUGACGAUACUAAUAGAAAUAAAGUUGCUACCUGUGAACUAUACUGGAAACGUUUAAAAGCAUUUAGUAGUUUUGUAACUAGAGCGUAAAUCAAAGAAGGGGAAUGAAGCGAAAACUCAUGCUU